CACUACGGUUUGGCUGUGACGGUCUCUCACUCUCUAUGCACACUGCCAGGACUGUGCGUGUGCGUGUGAGAGUGGGGUGUGAGAAGUGGGGUGUGCAAAGGAGGGGACUGCUGCACGGAGCUGGAGGGAAUAACAUUUUGGAUUUGGAUACCAGACUGGAAACUAGCAAGCCUGCGCUCUGCCUGCUCGCCUUGCACACAUCGUCUGCCCGUCGCCUGACGUCGGACUGCGGCGAGAAUGGAGCUCCCUGCCGCCGGGGAACACGUCUUUGCGGUGGAGGGCAUCGAAAAGAAGCGCAUUCGCAAGGGGAAGAUCGAGUACCUGGUCAAGUGGCGGGGAUGGUCGCCGAAAUACAACACAUGGGAGCCGGAGGAAAACAUCCUUGACCCCCGCCUCUUGGUUGCAUUUCAACACAGGGAGAGGCAGGAGCAACUGAUGGGAUAUCGCAAACGUGGGCCAAAACCAAAACAUCUUCUACUGCAGGUACCCUCAUUUGCCCGGAGAUCGAGCAUACCCGCAGGUUUUGAGGACACCUCUCCAGAUGUGGAAGACAUCCCAAAGUCCGAUCACAUCCAGGUCCAGCGUCCCCAGCCCCAGCAAUACCAGCUGAACAGCAAGAAGCACCACCAGUACCAGCCCAGCAGCCAGGAGGUCCCAGCAGACCAGCUCACCAACAGCAAGAAGAAGUACAUCUAUCAGCUAAACAGCAAAAAACACCACCACUACGAGCCUGACCCUAAUAUGUAUGACACCCAGGCUUCAAGGCUCAAAAAGGUGGUCAAAGUUCAAGAAGCAGGCAAUAAACCUGCCAACCCUGGCUGGAACCUGCCUCUAGCACUGCAGCAGAAAUGGGUUCGUGACAAAGACACAGGCUGCUUGAGUAAAGUCAAAGAGCUGGCAGUGGAGGUCAGGAAACCUGUUCCCAAAGAGGGCGUAAGUGAACAUGCCCUUAAGCCCGAUCCUAAGGACGCGACCCUGCCCAGUUCUGUCAGCAGCAAAAUGAAGAUAAUCAAGAAUAAAAAUAAAAAUGGACGUAUUGUUAUUGUCAUGAGCAAGUACAUGGACAGUCAUAAGGUGCAUGGAGCCAAGGGCAAACACGGGGAAUCCUCUAACGGGGAGAAAAUCCAAAGUGGGGGCGAGAACAAUGCAGGACACAGAACCAAAAUAGUGGAGAACGGUAUUCCCAAAGAGAUUUGUAGUAGCAGUUCCCUCCCUGCUGCAGAUCAUCCCCAAAAGUGUUCUCCAAAGGACCGACACUUCUUUAAACCAUCACCAAGCACAGCAGAGGAAUACAACACAGAAGUGGCGCGGGGUCAAGCGGACUUACCAGACGACCUACCCCUACAACUGACCGCCAGCUCGCCCUCGACAUCUUGGCCGGCCGACGCCAACAUCCCCACCCCUACAAUUAUGGACCACAUCAAGAUUCCAUCCUAUUCCAGCAGCCGGAAGAGGAAACUCUCCAACCCUGUGGAUGACAGGACUGUUUCCAAGAGCUGUCUGACUUCCAGAUCUCUCAGUGUUCCCAGCACCGGGGUGGGUCCACCUCAGGAAAAACCCAUGGACCUUCACUGUAGUGGACGUAGCAGCACAUAUGCAUACGAUGCAAUGGACUGUGGUGACCAAGAGGAGCCCAUAGACCUGAGCUGCCCAAAGACUAAGAGGCUGACUGAGCCGGAAAUCCAACCUGAACUUUUAACACAACCUGAGCCCCAACCUGAACUUUUAACACAACCUGAGCCCCAACCUGAACUCGUAAAACAACCCGAGCCCCAACUUGAACUUGUGAAACAACCUGAGCACCAACUUGAACUUGUAAAAGAACCUGAGCUCCAACCUGAACUUGUGAAACAACCCGAGCUCCAACCUGAACUUAAAAAUCAACCUGAGCCCCAACCUGAACUUGAACCCCAACCUGUUGACAAGGAUGUAGCAGAGGACACACAGAAGUCAUCUAAAGCAGUACCAGCUGAAAAGAUCUGUCCUUUUAUGGGAAACAUCAUCAUUACAGACAUCACAACAAACAGUCUGACUGUCACCUUCAAGGAGUAUGUUUCUUUCUAAGGACCUCUUUGGAAGCUACUGACCCUGUUCAUAUGUGCAUACUGUAAAAACAUGGAGAUUUUUGUACAUAGGCAAAUUUCUAAUUUAUCAUUCAAAUUCAAUAUGUUUCUUACGAUGUUUUAUACUGUAAUACUCCUGAAACGAAGCCCAAGCCAGAGCCCUCGAGGAUUUGAGUGAAUACAUUCAAGAAUCAGUUUAUUUGCUGUUUACUACCUGUACCAAACUUGUAAUCUUAAAAUGUACGGAGGUUUAUAGGUAUUUUGUACUGAUUAUUUGGAGUCCUGCUGCGUGGUAGAGGGAAGAACUUGUUGGGUCGAUAGUGAUCAAAGAUCAAAGCGAAAGCACUUAAUUACAUUAUCAUUCGUCGAUUGUCAUUUGCUUUCAUUAGGAGUGGACAAACCGCUGCUCUUUUUAAAAGUCUUUUUCAUCAAUUAUCGCUUAAUUUAGUUAUGGGUGUAAUGAUUAAUUAGCUAAUUGUUGAGAAUUAGAGCGCACUACUGACUGUAAUCGGCAUAGGUGCUGUUGAUUCCCCCAGGGAUCAAUAAAGUACUUUUUAUUCUAUUCUAUUCUGUGAUUCAGUGUAGCUCCGGUUGUGAAAAAAAAUAGGUCAUUGUGUAAGCUAACUCUUCUACUCGUGAACCGCUGCACACAAAACAUGCACUCCAACUGUGUUGCCGGUGCUAUUAUUUCUCUGACAUUACACCACAUGGUGGUAUUGUUAUUACAUGUGGUGUAGUUAUUGAAUAGAUGUAAGUCGGAUGGACUUCAAAUGUUGCUAUUAACUCAAAGCACUCUACAAAACAUCCACUGUAACUUUAGGGUGUUUUUUGCCUAGUCACCAUUAAAUAUGUUAUGCACCUCUACGGGUCUGACAAGCACGUGUGUAAAAUUUUAACAAGAUUAGUCGAAAUACACGGCUGGCAAACAGGAAAACGUAUCUGCCGGACCAUGGGCCGGACUUAGCAAUUUACUGGCCGUAAUUCAUUGAUCAUUCCUCUAAUGACUAUACAACUUUGAGGAUGAUAGCAUCU